AAGGCGAACUAGGACAGAUAUCAUUGAUUGUUCGCACGCAAGUCGCGAUAAUUAUUUCUAUAGAAAUUAGUACAUAAUUGUUAUAAAAAAUAGCAACGGCAACGGUGUAAAGAAGUUCGCAGAUAACAUCGUACGUCGCCUUGAAUUCAGAAUUUAGUACCAUUUAGGACGACGACACGAGAUCUGUCGGGGCAGAUGACACAAAAGGUAACAAUUACGUUACCUGACAGCCACGAGUUGCAUAUUAUUUUGUGACGUGUUUGACAUGGCUGCGUAACAUAAGAGUCCCAAGUUUUGCAACGUCUGUUACGCGUUUUAUACCCGAACGUUAGGCAUGCAUUACUUACACAAUCCUCCUUGUGCAUAAAACGAUUUCCGUCCUGCUUGGCAUGCACACAUAAAUUAAAUUGAAAUCGUACUCAAUCGAGGUACAUUAAAUGCAGUGUUAAACGAAGAAUUUCUCGUCUCGAUUAAAUCUGAUAAGCUUCAGAAAAAUUCUUGGAGAUAAGGAAUUAUAGCUUCGCUAGGGAAAUACUGUCCAAUUUUCAUAGACCUUUCGCUGUGAAGGACUUAGAACCAGUUUUCAUUGUUGCUCGGAGUUCGCUGUUGGAAAUUCACAUUCUGAUCCACGUAAACGUGAAGAACGAUGUCUGCUGUAUAUCCAGCAUUGCCUAAAUUGUCUGUAAAGGAUGGGUUCGACGACGAGGAUUUAACAGAUAUCGACGACGAGGUGUUUAUCAGAGAUGGAAAGAGCGACAGCUUGAAAUUAGAUGAUGAUAGGGGCGUUAAAAGGCCCCUAAUGGCACCUCGUAGAAAAUACAAGAAAUCGUACAAUUUCGAGACGUACAGGUUUUCAAACAGAGCUAUUUGCGUACCUCUUUGCUUCGGAUUCAUGGCACUGGUAGUAUUAUUAAGCUUAAUCGUACUAUGUAUAUACAUCGUCAACAUAAUUCCUAUGCCAAUUGCGAUCCUGAAAAAUUGGCUGUCGCACGAGCCCGAAGAAGCCUUACACGAGUCGAACAUAGUUCCAUGUACUUCCCUUACAACAAAAAUUCUAUGGACCAGAUCGUUACCAAAGCUCAUGUCGGAAUCUCCGUUGAGAAGCAACGAUGUCAAUGGCGAUGGAAUCGAAGACAUCAUAGUUGGCUUUAGCACAGGAUUGGAUAUAACGACUACCUCAGAAUAUGUUUGCACGUUGUAUUUCGAUGGACAGAAUCCCUGUUUCGGUGGGAUUCUAGCUUUGAACGGUAGGACAGGAGACACGCUUUGGAUGCAUUGGACGGCUCAUGCGAUCUCCUCGGUCGACUGCGGUUUAGAUCUAAAUAACGACAAGAUCAAAGAUUGCAUUAUAUGCGGCAAGAGCGGGAUACUUCACGCGGUUAAUGGAGACAGCGGUGCUAGCCUGUGGGAAUUACCAAUUAGAGAUUUAGAGGAAUGGGAAUUCUCGGAUAUUUAUGAUGCCAAGUUCAUCGCCGACGUAGACGGGGACGAUGUUGGAGACGUUAUAGCGUCGCAUUCUAUGCAGUCGAGAGAAAUAUGUUCAAACGAGAUCCUCCUGAUCUCAGGAAUUAACGGGCAUAUUAUACACAGCUCGGUUUUACCGAACACAGAACAGUUGUUCUCGGCACCUCAGAAACUGAUUCAUCCAGACGGAGAAAGUAUGUUCGUUCUCGCGACGAGCAGUCAGAAACGGUCAGGCGGAUUGUAUGUGGUUCCUCAAGUGAAUUUGAUGUACGGCGACUUGAAACUGCGGAAAUUGCACCACAACACAGGAAGGGGAACUUUGUUACCUCCGAUUUUAGUAGACGUUACGUUAGACGGAGUGGAAGAUAUCGUUGCCGCUAUGUUUAAUUCCACGAUAAUAGUGUACGAUGGACUGACGUUCAAACCGAUCUGGAAGUACACGGUACCGAAAUCCGAAGUGAUAAGCGUGCCGAUUCCUGGCUAUUACAACGACGACGACGUACCAGAUUUCAUGGUGAAACAUCAAAUAGGCUCUGGCUUCCCGACGUAUUACUACACGGUCGCAACGAUCAUAGAUGGAAAGACUGGGAAACCGUUGUUAGAAAGGUCGAUAGAAGAUAGUUUAAGCGAAGAGAUGUCUGGUUUAUCCGUUACCGUCGACGGAUUUGGGAACGAUUGGUUUUUACAUUGGUCGGUCGACUGCUUGAACUACGAAGGAAACAAAGAGAAAUAUCAAUUUCUUAAAAAUGGCGAUUUUCUGUUCGAAUCCCGGGCUAAUCUUUGUAAACUGAGAUUCAAUUCCACUCUGAUCACAAACUUGUACGCUCUGAGCCAACACGUCGGACCACCAGGCAUUUCGUUGUACUUCUCAGAGGAUUGGAAGUCUUUGGAGUAUAAUAACUCCGCGAAUUAUAAAGUAGAGUACGACGCUGUACCUUUCGUUUCUGAACGAUCGGCGAAGAUUUAUAAAAAUCGGAAUCAGAUAGACGCGCUUAAACAGAAGCAGGGAGAUUCUUACGAGAAUUAUAAUCAAUUCAUGCCUGUUAAUGAUAAUUCCGAUGACGAUUACAGCUUGAGAAACGAAGACAAAUGGACGAAGAAAAAGAUUGAGAAUAAAAAUGAUAUGUCGUAUGAAAUGCCGUACAACGAGGACGAUAAAUCGAACAUUCAGGAGGUACAACCGUUGGAUUAUCAACAAGUGGACGAAAUACGCGAAGAACGAAGUAACGUUAAUCCUGAAUUUAUUAAUGAGCGUAAUAACAGAACGAGUAUGGAUAUUGUCAAUAAUCUAAACGUAUCUCAACCCUUUAAUACUGAGAAGGAUGGGAGUAAUAAAGUAUUGAAUGAAAAUGUAGUACAUUUACGAAAUAACACAGAGACGGCAGAAGGAAUAACUGAUCCUGCGAAUGUUACAGUUGCCACAGGUAAUCACGAGUCAUUCAGAAAGCAGAAUAAACAGGUGGGAACUAAUGGAAAGUUAAAGAUGAAUAUAUCUGGAGCGGAAUUAAGGAAACGAAAGAAGCGAGAAACGAGGAUCAAAGACGAUCACAUGUACUCUGCGGGUGGUGUACAAAAGCAGCCACCAACUGGGAUAUUGUUACCUCCCAUUCUCAAAUCGAAGGGAACGAAUUCUGUAGAUUUAGUAUUUUCUACAUUCUGGUUACCCUCCUCCGAAGUACCAGUGGUGUUGGUGCAACAGGAUUUAGAUUGCAUUCAUUGGAAGAAAGUGUUGUCGGAGAAAAAUCAACAGUACAAGCAGAACGACGAGAUUAUAAAAGAAUGUUUAGAAGAACGAGGUGUUAAUUACAAGACGCGUAAGGAAACGUUAGAGAAGGAGAAUGUAAAAGUUUCUCUAGGGCAGAUGACGGUGUACAGAAUGAGAUUGGAGUGCACUUGUCCGGAGGAUAUGCUGCCGGAUCAAACGUGUAAAAAUAUAUCCUCGCAUCAAAGUUGGUCUGAAUAUUUAGGCUCGCAUGGAAACGGAUAUUUCAAGCCAUUAUAUAAAGCUAAUAUGUGAAUGAGUAACAGAGUAUUUAUUAAAUCUAUAUUUUUUAAAUAACGAACAGAUUUUCAAGUCUCAUUAUCGUAGUAUCAUUUCGAUGAGAACACAGGAUCC